GAACACAAUGGCUGAAGCAAAGAUUUCAGUGUCUCACGAUCAGUUCACCUGCUCCGUGUGUCUGGAACUCCUGAGGGACCCGGUGACCACUGCCUGUGGACAUAACUACUGCAAGCAGUGCAUUGAAGACUACUGGGAUUCAACUGGAAUGUACAAGUGCCCGCAGUGCAGGAUGGUCUUUGUCUUAAAGCCUAUUCUUCAAAGAAACACCAUUCUAGCCGAAGUAGUCGAGGAGUUAAAUAAAUUCGACCUCAGCUCAGGUCCUCGCGAACACUUCAUCAGCCCCAGGGAUGUGCUCUGUGAUGUGUGCAUCGGUACAAAGAUGAGAGCCAUGCAGACCUGUCUGACCUGCCUGGCCUCCUUCUGCGAGACUCACGUCCAACCUCACAGGGUGUCCGAAGCCCUGAGGAAACACAAGCUGGAAAUUCCAUUCGAUGACCUUAAGCGAAAACUCUGCUUGAGGCAUCAGAAGGCUGUGGAAAUCUACUGCAGGACUGACCAGAUGUGUAUCUGCUAUUUGUGUGCGGCGACUGAACACAAGAGUCACGACACGGUGACACCUGAUGUGGAGAGGACUGAGAGACAGGCCCAAUUGCUGACCUCACUCAAUGACAUUAAGGAGAAAAUCCAGAGCAAAGAGAAAUCCCUGGCAAAAGUGUCAGUGACAAUAUCACAGCUGAAGAGAUCUGCUGACACAGAAAUACGAGAAUAUGAGAAGACCUUCACUUCUCUGCUUCGGUCCAUUGAGAGGCUGAGGUCCCAGGUGACUGAAGUAGUCAGAGAUCAUGAACAGAGGGAAGUGAAACGAGCUGAAGAGCUCAAAAAGCGACUGGAGAAGGAGAUCGAGGAGCUGAAGAGAAGAAACACUGAGUUGGUAGAGCUGUCACAGACAGACGAUGAUAUCCAUUUCCUCCAGAAGUUCCCAUCUGUGCGUGCCUGUUCUGAAAGUGAAGACACAACCAACACUGCUAUAAAUGUACAUUUCUUCCUUGAGGAUCUGAGGGAGAAUCUGUCAAAUCUGCAGAAGUGUUUGAAGGAGGUCAGCUGCUGGAAGUUUGUGAAUAUCAGCAAGAGUGAAUACAUGGUCCCAAAUUCUGUUAUGUCUAGCACAAUUGAUAGAAACAUCCUUUUAAAACAUUCCUGUGAACUUACACUCGAUCUCACCACUGCAAAUGAUCUUCUUCUUCUUUCUGAAGGGCAUAAGAAGGUGAAGUUUGGCUGGGAUGAUACCCAAUAUUCACCUCACCCAAACCGAUUCGACUGUGUGCCUCAAGUUCUCUGCAAGGAGGCUCUGUCUGGGAAUCAGAGCUACUGGGAGGUGGAAUGGACUGGAGACGGGACUGUGAUAGGAGUCACAUAUGAAGGAAUCAAAAGGAAAGGAGUGGAAGAUGAAUGUUUCCUGGGACGUAAUGACCAGUCCUGGAGCUUAUGUUGUUAUGUUUCCCAUUAUUCUGCUUGGCACGAUAACAAAGAGACGGUCAUUUCCUCCCCACGCUCUUCUAGAAUAGGAGUGUAUGUGGAUUUUAACAAUGGCACUCUGGAAUUUUAUGAAGUAACUGACACUAUCACCCUCUUGCAUACGUUCAAGGCAAAGUUUACUGAGCCCCUCUAUGCAGGUUUAUGGGUUACUGACAGCGUAACAAUCUGCCAGCUGAGUUAGUCCAGUCAGUAACUGUAAACAGUAACUGGCUCCAGCUUCCAUAGUCCUCCUCUGGUUUAAAGAUGGAUAGAUGGUGCAGCUCAUCUCAAGUUUAACAUAAUGUGUUUUAGAUGUUUUCAACCUUGCAAAAACUUUAACUUAGCUCCCCAGUGGUUUUGAAGAAGAGACUUAUCAUGUGUGAAUCCAUCCAUCCAUCCAUUUACCAACCCGCUGAAUCCUAACUACAGGGUCACGGGGGUCUGCUGGAGCCAAU